AAGACACAGUAAUCGUUUGAAGCCUGAAAUAGUUUUUGGUCUUCUCAAUUAUCUAAUCCGAAAUGACAACAACGGUGGCACCGCCACCUUCGUUCAACCCUUCUCAAAACCAAGCAUUAACAUGGCGUCUCUCUCUGUUACUCCCAAACGCUGCGUUUUGCUCUCCACGUCUCAUGAAGAAGAGCAAGAAGAAGAAGGCAAUGUCUUGGUCAAUUUGUGCUCACUCCUUGCCUUUCGACCUCUCUCCUCCUCCCAUCGAUCAUGACUUUCUGGAUGCUGUCAAAACUGCAGGCGCAGAGGUUUCUGGGGAUGGGAUCAUUGAGACGUUUCAUAAUGACGAUGAAGCCCUGGAUGCUGUGGAAAAUGGGGUUGUGGUUGUUGAUCUUUCACACUUUGGCCGGAUAAGAGUCAGUGGAGAAGAUCGCAUUCAGUUCCUUCACAACCAGAGCACUGCAAACUUUGAAUGUCUACAUGAAGGACAAGGAUGUGACACUGUUUUUGUGACACCAACAGCUCGAACAAUAGAUAUUGCUCAUGCAUGGCUCAUGAAAAAUGCGAUAACAUUAGUGGUUUCUCCGGAGACCUGUACGACCAUUAUGGAAAUGCUGAACAAGUACAUAUUUUUUGCUGAUAAGGUGGAGAUUCAAGACAUAACUAAGCAAACCAGCUUUUUUGCUAUGGUGGGACCCAACAGUGGCCAAGUGAUGGAGAACUUGAACCUUGGUGAUCUUGUUGGAAAACCAUAUGGUACACAUCAACAUUUUAAUGUUGAUAAGCAGCCUGUAACUGUAGGGGUUGGAAACAUAAUUUCUGAAGGUGGUUUUUCAUUACUGAUGUCUCCAGCUGCUGCUCCUUCUAUUUGGAAAGCUAUUCUUGCUCAAGGGGCUAUCCCAAUGGGUUCUAAUGCAUGGAAUAAAUUACGCAUUAUUCGAGCAGCAUCAUCAUCCUCCUCCUUAGCAUCCUCUUCCUCAUCUGCAUCUGCACCAGCUCGAGUUAUGUUCAGGAGGACGAUGUUGAUGAUGAUGAUGAGGACUCUGAUGAGAGUGAUGAUAACUUCUCAUGAGUUAGAGCUAGAGACCCCUCCAUUCACUCACAGGACCUUUUAUUUUGCAUUUUUAUGUUUUUAAUUUGAGUUAGAUGUUUACUUCUCUAGUUUGUGUGAGCUUGUUUAAGUUGUCUGGCUUGAUAGACUGUGCUUGUGCAUGUAUAUGAAAUGAUGCUUGAGAUAGUUCAAUUUAGCCUAACUUGUGGUUGCUUUCACCAUGAAAAGUUGAGUAAUGCCUUGUAUUUAACUGUGAUCAAAAUUCAUGGCAGUUUGUGUGAUGAUGUUUGUGGAACCGAGUUUAAAACAUGUGAGAUGUUGUGCCUUAGAAUGUUUGGUCUGGAUUGCAUUACUUUGGAAUCACUAUUGAUUUUGCUUGAGCCUCUCUUUGAUUCAUUUAUUACCAUGUUACACAUGAUUAAGGCCAUUAUUCAAUUAUACAGGAUUGAUUGGUUGAGCCAAACAGCCCACUUUGUUUAACUUACAAAACCUUUGAACCCUUUAGGAUAAACCUCUCAUGUUUAGAACCUUAAACCCAAUGAAAAGUUCCACUACCCUACCUUGAUUUGUAGAACAUAUCGUUCAAGGUCGUGAGAACAGUUCAAGUUUGGGGGAGUCCCUAUUGUCACAGGUUCAUCAUUAAAAAAAAAAUUCAAAAUUUCCAGAUUUAAGGGAAAUAAAGUGGGUUUAGUCAACAUAAUUCUUCUCGACCCGACUAUGUAAAAAAUGCUUCAAGCCCAUGUAGACUAUUGGUGCAUGAAAGAACUCUUUUUGUAGUGUCUAUUUUGGAGUGCACUAUCUUCUUCUAUUUAAGAAUUGGUAGUGUUACUACUAACAAGUAUUGGAUCUAGAAAAAGAUAGUCCUUCACAACACAGGGAACUACAGUUUGAGUCCCCUAUUGGGUUAUGUGUUUACAGUUUUUGUUUGAUCAUGCCUCAACCAAAUUGCUUCUUAUGUAGGAUAUUUGAAACAUGAUUAAUAGUUUCACUCCCUAUGAUUCUUUU